ACCGGGGGAUCAAUUGUUUUCGUCUUUGCCUUUUUCUCCACAGAUCCAACGCGCAGUGAGAAGCUAAAUCAAGCCAUAAUCUUUGCAAAAUCUACGCGUUUAGAAGCAGCUUCUUCGUCCCAUUCGUCUCUCUCUCUUUCUGUCUCCACCUCUGUCUCUCCGUGGGAAUUCAAAUUCCGUCAGAUCGAAGAGAAGCCAGCGGAAACCCUAGGAAUCGAUCCGGUUUCCUGCUCUUUUUCCGCAUUGUUGUUCUCCCAUGGAGAUUCUCCCGACUGCGGUCGGUUCCUGCCCGAAGGAGAAUGUCAAGAUCUAUCAGGAGUGGUUUAGAUAUGCCGAUUCGGAUGACGAUGGGAGGAUCACCGGCAACGACGCGACCAAGUUUUUCGCUCUUUCGAAAUUGACGCGGUCCGAGUUGAAGCAGGUUUGGGCUAUUGCUGACACCAAGCGACAGGGGUUCCUUGGCUUCUCAGAAUUUGUGACUGCAAUGCAGAUAAUUUCAUUGGCCCAACAGGGGCAGGAAAUCAGUCCUGAUGUUAUAGCUGCUGGAGAAUUGGACAAAUUGAGUCCUCCCUCAAUGGAAGGCCUGGAUGCUGCUCUAAUCAAAAAAGCUAAGCGAUCUCCAAAAAAGAAUGAACCUGAUGGCACACCACAACAGUCCCAAUCAGUUCAGUGGUUCUCUUCAAAAUCUUCCAAAAAGGUUUCCUUAUCUUCAGUUACAUCCAUCAUUGAUGGCUUGAAGAAGUUGUAUAUUGAGAAGCUUAAACCACUUGAAGCCACAUAUCGUUUUAAUGAUUUCGUAUCUCCUUUGCUAACAAACAGUGAUUUCGAUGCAAGGCCUAUGGUUAUGCUGUUGGGUCAGUAUUCUACUGGGAAGACUACGUUUAUCAAACACUUGCUUAGAAGCAGCUAUCCUGGGGCACAUAUUGGGCCAGAACCUACAACAGAUCGUUUUGUUGUUGUAAUGGCAGGGCCUGACGAAAGAAGUAUUCCAGGUAAUACCAUUGCAGUGCAGGCAGACAUGCCUUUCAGUGGUCUCACAAGUUUUGGAACUGCCUUUUUGUCCAAAUUUGAAUGCUCGCAGAUGCCUAAUCCUCUGCUAGAGCACAUAACAUUCGUUGAUACACCAGGAGUACUUUCAGGAGAAAAACAGCGAACUCAACGUAGCUAUGAUUUUACUGGUGUUACAUCAUGGUUUGCUGCAAAGUGUGACUUGAUUUUUCUUUUAUUUGAUCCUCACAAACUUGAUAUCAGUGAUGAAUUCAAGCGUGUUAUUGGAUCCUUGCGUGGUCAUGAUGAUAAGAUACGCGUGGUUCUCAACAAGGCAGACCAGGUUGACACACAGCAGCUGAUGAGGGUAUAUGGAGCAUUGAUGUGGUCACUGGGAAAAGUUCUGAAUACUCCAGAAGUCAUGCGAGUAUAUAUUGGCUCAUUUAACGACAAGCCAGUAAAUGAGGCUGCUGUUGGUCCGCUAGGAAAAGACUUGUUUGAGAGAGAACAAGACGAUCUUCUUUCUGAUUUGAAAGAUAUUCCUAAAAAGGCUUGUGACCGUCGUAUAAAUGAAUUUGUAAAGCGAGCUAGAGCUGCAAAGAUACAUGCAUAUAUAAUCAGCCAUCUUAAAAAAGAAAUGCCUGCAAUGAUGGGAAAGGCCAAGGCACAGCAACGUCUUAUUGACAACCUUGAAGAUGAAUUUGCGAAGGUCCAGAGAGAGUUCCAUCUUCCUGCUGGGGACUUUCCCAAUGUUGACCACUUCCGCGAAGUGCUUAGUGGUUAUAGCAUUGACCGAUUUGAGAAGCUCAAGCCGAAACUGAUUCAAAAUGUGGAUGACAUGCUGGGAUAUGACAUCCCUGAGCUCCUUCGCAACUUCCGGAACCCAUACGAUUAAAAAGGCUCCUGAAGAUCAUUUUGGUGAUCGUAAUUUGCUUGUCUUUAUUUUAGAUUCCUUUUUUUUUCUCCCUUAAAUCAUAUGCAUCAAUGAGUAACUUCUGUAAUCAAAUGCCGAACUUGGAGUUGAACACUGCAUAUACUCAUUUUUUGGUAUCCGGGUCGAUUGAGGAUGGUGAUCUCCACCACAUAGAGAAAUAUAACCUUAUAUGAGUUC